GCCCAGCGUUGUGUAUCAAUUCGACAGGCGCUGACUCACAUCAGACAGUGGUUUCUUGAAGAUAUCCGAGUGCCAAAUAGUGACGAAUCAGAUAUUAAGGAAUCUUCAGAUCAAGUUCAAGAUGCUGAAAUAACCUGGCAACAGGCUGAUGUCACCGUUGCCCGUUGGCUGGCCAAUCAACUUGACUACACACAGCUUGCUGAAGCAUUGCACGGACUUCAAGAUCUCAGUCUGAAUCCCUCAACCUCUAUUUGGAGCCUGUCAGAGACAGAAACGAAAGGGGCUCAAAUGACCACUCCCGAGACCUCAAAUUCGCGUUUCCUUUCACGAUUGGAGAGUAUUACGAAAGAACAAAUAACGAAUCACAUUAGGCGGUUAUUGAAACAGUAUCCAGAGUGCAUUGAUAAAACAUAG